CGUCGAGCACGCAGAGUGCCGUCCUCGUGACACAUCUUGCUUUUUCUUUCCUCUCCACUCGUAACGACAACGAAACAUAAGAAAAGUUGUCUGCCGAGACAACCUGUCGAAAUCAAAGAGCGUUCCACGAGUUCUGCACAAUUGUUACGAGACGUUCUUUAAACCCUCCGUCGUUCGAGUGUUCGUAAAUGAAGAGAACAUCCAUCGAAUUCAAACGCGAACUUAUCAAUGAUUCGAAAUCGCGGCAAGAUGAAAUACGUGUCUUGAACGUUUUCUAACGAAUCGAGUGAUGCACCGAACGUUGAAGUACACUUUUACCAUGCACUUUGCAAGAUAUCGGGCAUAGUGAUAGACAUAGAGAUAGUAUAGAUGUGUUGCGGCGAAGUAGCCUAAGGAUGAACCUCUAUUUUAUCAACAGUAUGCUUCACGCGGACUCAGUUACACUGAGUAAUUGAUAUCUUUUCGUACUUCAUCGUGUUCCGUUCUCGCGAAGAACAACAGGUUGAAGUUUGAAGUUUGAAAUUUGGUGGAGAGAUCGCUUCAAAACGGACCAUCGGACGUUCGAUAGUUUUUGUGGUGAACCAAGGUCUUCGUCCGGCAAAAUUCAAGGUCUGAUAAUUCGACGAUGCGUUUCCGGUGCAUCGAAGGUUAAUCGUGGAAGAGCCAUCCUUAGCAGCGUAAAAGCAAGCUUAGUCGCAUUUAAUCAUCGCUUGCAUGUGGGUCACAAGUUGCAUUCGCCAAAGCUAACGGGAUAGAGGGUUUACCGAGUAGAGAGGAAGAAAAUGUGGAGCUCGGUUACCGCGGCUGGCAGUGAGAACGGGCCCGCACCACCUUCCAGAAGCAAGCACAGUGCUACUUUACUCGCUGGGCACGUGUACUUACUCGGAGGACGAAACGGCAAUCUUCCCCUCAAGGAUCUCUGGCGAUACAGCCUCGCCGAGAGUAAAUGGGAGGAAUUGCAUCCUGGGGGAGAAAGGCCGCCAGCACUUCAGGAACACAGCGCGGUGGCUUACAAGGAUUGCCUUUACGUUUUCGGGGGUGAACUCGGCUUUUCCGCGGGCACGGAAACUCCUCUUUGGGUCUACAAUGUCAAGUCGAAUACGUGGAGGAAGGUAAGAGCACAACGGGGUUGUGCAGUUCCUAGAGGACGAAGAGGCCAUACCGCUUUGGUUCACCGUGGUCAGAUGCUCAUCUAUGGUGGUUACCAAGAUUUACGUGGGAGCUCCCCCGAAUUAUGGGCGUUCCACUUUGAAACGGAAUCGUGGCAUUUGCUCUCAUCUAGCGAAAGCGGACCAGCAGCGAGACACAAACACUCUGCUGUCUUGCACGGUGACGCGAUGUACAUUUAUGGAGGUAUGACCGAUCUGCAAGAAAGAAGCGAUUGUUGGCGAUGGGACGUGAACACAGCUUCUUGGUGCUUGCUGAAGAACAAGCCUGGUCCGGGACCUCUUCACGGACACGCAGCGUGUAGACUUCCCAGUUGUAUGUUAAUUUUUGGUGGAGAAAGCGGUGGUUUGGCUACGAACGAACUCUGGAGAUUUCAUUUCGGAACGGAAACGUGGGAAAAAUUAUCGGUGCCAGGUCCUAAGCCACAGCCAAGGGCAGAGAGCGUUGCUUUAGCAGUUUCCGAACUGUUAAUUCGAGGGACCAACAUUGACAAUUCAAAAGCAAAGCCAAGAAAUCAAAGGACGAGGUUGUAUAACAAUAGAAUAUCGCCAAACGAAGCACCAGCUAGACCAAGCUUUCUCAAAGAAAUUUCGAAAUUGUCACAAAUCAACCUGUCGCGAUUGAGUCAUCCAACUAAAUGCAGUUACUCCGUUCUAAGCGGCCAGGAUGAUAACGAGGAGAGUCCUCAAGAGGCGAAUUCGUAUUAUCCUUUUCAGCAAGUGGACGCCGAAGUGGUCGAGCCGUCUACAGGGAUGGUGAAGUCUCGAAGUGCCAACACGUUGGCGCGUCGAAGACAAAAGCCACCGGAAGCAAUAUCAAAAUCCUCGGAUAUCAACAACACCGAGAAUGCGAUCGGUACAUCUGGGAUGACAAGAGAUCCUAUCUCGGUACCGAAUUUCCGUGCUCUUACCUUACCCACUCCAGUCCUAACACCUGUGGAAGCAGCCAGGCUGGUAUUCGUUGACCCAGAUGAAAACAGCGACAACGAAGAACGAAAAGAGCCACCUACCUCCAGGCUGAUAGAAGUUCAAGAAGAGCGACGAGACUUUGCGGCUGUUCAUCAAGCCUGUCAACCUAGCCGGGGCGAAAGUUAUAGCUCGCAUCUUUACGAAGCGGCGCUUCAGACUCCGAAAACCCCAACCACCACGAAAAUACCCACCUCUGCGUCGGUUAGAUUCGCUGAUCUAGAAGAGGGCGAAGAAUCAACGUCGGAUUAUGCGAGUAUAGAGGCUAGAAGUCCUGGCGAUCCUCUUGCCGAUGACGAUUGGCCAUCAGGACGAAAGAGCAAACAGUAUCGUCCAAUAGUUACUCCGUCGACUAUUCGUGAAGGUCAGUUUGGCUUUUGUAACCCAAAUUACCUUGGACUAGACGACACGAAGAAGCAGCAAUCUCAAGAUGGAAAGUAUGCAAAAUUGUUAAAUAGUCCGCCGGAUAGCGUUUUAGAAGAUGAACCGGGUAGAUCUGCUUCGCAAACGUUCGCGGAACUGCUGGAGCUUCAAGAAAUCAAAAGGGUGCCCAGGGUACCGCCGAAAAGUUUGCCCUUAGGUUCUCCUUCUCGAAGAGCAGUUAGUGCGUCCAGAGCAGAAAGACAAAGGGCAAAAGUUGCCGCGGCUGAUAUUAAUGAAUCAGAUACACCAUCGUAUGGACCAGCACCGCUCUACGUUUUUGUAGUUGGUGGUAAGGAAAAGGGUCAGGUUACCGUGUUCGCGAGGCCCGUUUCUUUGUGGAAACUCCAAUUAGCACCACACAUUUUUUAAAGGUGUUCAAUUUUACUACCAUAAGUUACUGGCAAUCCUAUCAUUAACUAUCAUUAACUUUAUCGUGCUUCGUUCGUUUGCUGUUUCUUAUUUUUCGAAUACAAGGGACAGGUGUUUAACACCAUAGAGUUCUAUUCUCCCAUUCUUAUAAUUUCACGACUCAAGUAAAUAUUCAUUCGUGAAUCUCACUACCAUUGUGAACGAUUAGUACCUAAAUGUAAUUCUAUAGUGCCAACUGUUCUUUACUCGUUUAUAGUUAACUACACAUGUAUUUGUUACUUUUAGCCUUGAAGACUGAAUAUUUAUUUUAUUAAUCGUACAUUUAUUUUGAAGUGUUAUCGAAGUUGUUUUCUGGUUGUGUUUUCUUGGUGGAAUGUACGACUUUAUGGUGCAAUAUCAACUGUUGUGAUUAGCACAGCAAAGUACCCGAGCUUAAAAUGGCAGAUUUAGUACUCUAACAAUGAGCUUCAAAGGGACAUAAAAACGUCACGCAAAAUUCAUUUAUCUCGAUCAGCUUCAUGAUCGUAUUUAACUUUAAAACUUGUGCUUUACCAUAUCUAGUAAAAUGAAAAACAAAUUGUGUCUUAUUAUAGUUCCAUAAAUAAUGUUUAAAUUUCCAUUUUUUGUUCAGCUGCAUCUUAAUGGCAUAUCGUUAAAUAAAUGAAGUAACGUUUUAAUUGAUCUCUUUGAGGUAAUGUGUACCGAAUGCAUGCUUAUCGAUAUAUCGAUUAAUCGUAAAGCUUUCAAUUCCAAAUUGAUUUGUUUGCUUUGCUACUUCAAUUUUAGCGAACGCAAUUGUACAUGAAAUGUUCAUAUUGAACCGAUUUAGUUUCAAAACCAAAAACUAACAGUAAAUGUUCGUACCAAAGCGCAAGUCAAGCGAAAGAAGUGAAUAGUCUUUUAUCGAUGAACGUCCUGUAAGGUUUAAGGAAUAUACACCAUAGAUAAGAACUAUGACAAUGGCGAUCUACGUACUAUAUUCUAGAUUAAUUAUAAGCGAAUAAAUUUUUCAUACUGCUGUAGAUAGAAGAAUCUGUGAAGUUGUAGAUUAUUCAAAUUUUUCGACUCGAAAAUUAACAGUAAGUAAGCUGGUGUGCUUACAUCGUAUAGAUACUAACUUAAAAAUUAAACGCUUGACUUGCACUUAACUGCCAUUGACUGUGAAUUCAGUAUCCGUAGAUUAUUAAAUAGGACUUUAAUAUUGGUAAGCUUGAGAUGACGUUUAAAACGUUCAAAAUAUUAAUGGAGAUCGGUGUGUGAUUGUGUCCAAUUGUGAAUAAUUAAAGUACCGUUCGAUUAUUUUGUCGGAAUUAAAUUUUUAUAAAAAUAUGGUUCUUAAUGAAAUUUCAUUGAUAAUCAAGUACGAUCUAGAUUAAAAUUUAAGAGAAAUAUCAACGGAGACUGUGUUGAUUUUUCUUUCGAUCAAGAAAAAGAAACCGUAUAAUCGUACUAUAAAGACAAAUUGUGUUCUGAAACAUUAUACUUAGAGAAUAUCAUCGACACUUUACGUCGAUAUUCCAAAAUUGCAAAUCUGUGAGGUUGAAAGUCUCCGGUACGACUGGAUUUACAAAGAUAGCGUAUUAGUUUCGAUAGGUAUAUCGUAAGUGGAAGAAAUGGUAAAGUACGAUGGGAGAUUUCUUGUUCAUGUAGAGUUUUUACGCCCACAAAGGCCCAAUACAUGUAAUCCAUCCAUAAGUAGCAAAGGUCAACGUGGCAUCUCGUAAGCUGAAUAUUAAGAGAUAAUUUGUAAUCAUUUUAUAUUGGAAAAUACAUUGAUACGAGUAUUUGUUUGACCAAUAGCAAAUUUUAUUGUGGAAUACUAUAAAAUUUUGAAGAUUUCUUUGUUUAAAGGGCAUGUGCAAUAUGUGUAAGUAUAGAUAUUAUUUGUUAUUUCAAGUAUUGUAUUUAGUACAGCUAGAGGUUUUAAUAUUCAGCUAGAGGCCGCAAGCACCCAAAAAAAUCAAUGUUUUCCAUUCGUAGCGCUAGUCAAUUUAACAUCUCAGUGUACAAAAGUUAAGGUAAAUGUUUCAUAAUGUCAUUCCUUCCUUAGGAUACCUUAGCAUAGUAUUUCUUCAUUUCCAGCCAUAUUUAGUAUGUACAAUAAUGUCCAUAACCCAUUUUUGUGUUACGCGUAUAAUUACUCCCAUAAUCUUGACCAUUUUGGCAUAAUUAGCAAUAUAGGUAGUUAAUUAGUAAAACAUAUUACACACACACUGGCGUGCCGCCUAUGAAUUAAGUUUCAAUCUGCCCAAUAUUUAGUCAAUAUCUGGCCAGAAGCGUUUUCGAUUAUGUCAUCUUUUGUUCUAGAAAUAGAAAAGUUUGAUGAUUUGGUUAGCAUAAUGCAAUCUGAUAGUCAAUUAUAACCGUGUCAUUAAAUAUGUCCGUUGCCAAAUACGUCUCUUUUGAAUGUUAUGCCUCGUUAACAAGAUUCAGAGUAUAAGCUCGAAGACGUGGGUCAAUUCCCAAAAUGAAUAAAAAGGAAAAGAAUAACAAUGUAGCUGAUUUGAGUGCCUGUAUUUUAUGCAAAUAUAUGCAUUUCGUAUUUUUCUGAAUACAAACAAUUUUUUGGCAAAUAUUCGCCAUGUUAUCUUCUGGCUUAUGCUUCUCAUCUGCGUUAUCGAUGGUUGCGUAUCGUACAUAUGUAAUGAGAAAAAGAAUCCCAUUCAUUCAAAGGCGGUACAUAUUAUAAUAUAAUGUCGAUAAAAAGAGAAAUAAAUCGCGUCUUGUUCCAGUGGAAUUUCAUAUCACA